AUUUGUACCACGAUUCAUACAGUUUUUAUGUAUCGACUUCUCACUUCUGAGUUUCAAUAAAAUAUUGAACAACAAUGUAUUGCCAUAAUAACAAUAAAGAACUUACAUAAGACGUUUACACUUGACAGAUAUUUUGGAAAUUGGAAAAGUUUCAGCAAAAUAAUCGUAUUUUGUAAUCAAAAUACGUAAAAUUUUACAGAUUAUAUUUAAUACAUAGGUGUAAAAUUUAAUUAAAUGGUUCAGUUAUUGCUCCUUACAACUUUAACAAGUUCUGUUAUUAAACUUGGUCAUUGCACAGUUUCCGCAUCUGUCUCGAUGGCGCUAAGAAGUGUUGAUUUUGAAAUAUUUGGCAGAGUUCAAGGUGUAUUUUUCCGCAAGUACACAAAAAAUCAAGCAGACAAACUAGGAUUAAAAGGAUGGUGUAUGAACACAUCUCGAGGAACUGUACAAGGGCAGAUGCAGGGGCCAAAUGAUAAAGUGGAAUCUAUGAUGCAAUGGCUGAAAACAACAGGCAGCCCAAGUAGCAAGAUUGAUAAAGCUGACUUCAAUAAUAACAAGGAAAUUGACGACUAUACAUUUAAAAGCUUCGAUAUCCGACGGGAUGAUUAAUUUGUAUUGCUCAAUUCAAAAAAUUAACCAAGCAGUAUUGUUUACGUGGAGAUAAUAAUUUUGUUAACACCGGCUAUAGGUAUAUCAUGUAUUAGAUAUAUACUUAAAUGUCAUAUAUACAAAAGUAUAAGUUACGCAACUUAUUCAGAAGUUUUGUUAUGAUUAGACAAAUUUGUAAUGUUUGCUAUACAGAUUGUAAU